AAAAAAAUGGGUAAAUACAAAAAAAUCCGACCAGAUUGAUUUCAACAUUAUUGGUGGUAAGGUUUACAUGUACAUCCAGUUUGUGAGAGUUUAAAAUGGCACCAAGGUUGACAAAGGCUGUUCUAGGUGUUGCAUCUGAUGAUGCCUUUCAAUGGACACAAAAUGCUGCCUUCCAUACAAAACUCAUUGUGUCGGUCUGUAAGGCAAAUAUAACCCUCACUAAGGGCAAAACGUUUGACCUACCCGAUUUAUCCAUUUUUGAAAAUGAUUUGGAAUUCAAAUCAGAGUUUUUGAAGGAUAUUCAGGUCUUAGAAUGCUGCCCAACAAAACAAGGAGUUUUGUCAGUCAAUACAGAGAUAAUAAUAGUAAAAAACAAAGUUAAGGAAAGUGAAAAGCAAAAUGUCGACUUUGUUGACUUUAACGAUAGAGUUAAUCAAUAUGUGCCUUCUGUUAAUGCAUUUACGAUGUUCUAUAAAGCAGAAAGGCAAGAGGCAGUUCUGAAUACAGUGUCCGAAUUCAAUGCAACAGCGACACCCCUACAGGAUUUGGGCAUUGAAUCUGUUAGUACUAACACAGAGUGGGAAAAAAUGUUUGUUGAAUCAUUGAAUAAUGAUUUCGAUGACUUGCAAAUUAUAGGAGUAACAAGUGAGACUAUGGCAAACUGUGCUUUAUAUGAUGGAGAAUUGGUACAUGUUAAAUGUGUCAACGAUGUUGACAAUCCAAAUGAUACUAUCGCAGGUGACACUGUAGUUGAACCUACUGAUGGUGGUGUUGAUGACUUUGAAAGGAGGAAAGAGUUAUAUGGUGAUGAAGAAACAUGUAAACUGUCCUCCUUGCCUAAAGAAGGCCCUGUAAAUAUGCAUGAAAUUUUGGAAUUGAGCAAAAUAUGGCGUACAGCAAGGAUAUGCCUGAUUAAGCCCAAUGCUGUCUAUAAAAAGAAUGUCGCCUACAUGACCCCAUGUUUUAAGUUCAACUUAACAAGGAACAACAAACCGAUGAAGGACAGCAUAAUAAAGAUAAAGAAAAUUACAACAGAUGUUACAGGCAGCCUAGGUAAUAAGUGGGCCAAGGUGGUACCUUAUGCCAGUCAGUUCACACUGAGUAUCAUACACUCUCCCAACUACAGCCCCCUCACCUCCUACAACAAUGUCAUCAAGAAAUAUUUCUCAAUACCAAGAUUGCUUAAGUGUGGGGAUGUUCUGACCCUAAGUCUUAAAGAUGAUCCCAAAUGCAUGCUGGAAGCUGUAGAUGGACGCUACAACCCAGACAUUGUCGUUCACAUGAAGGUUUUAGAGAUAACAGGCCCUUCAGGCAACAAAGAUGGGGAAUAUCUGGCAGAUUUUGACCAUACUGAUGCAUGCCAGACUGGAAGUGUACACGACUACAUUCCUGUUGCCAUGGAGACAUGGUACAGAUCCCGUAUCCAAAAGGUUCACAAGGUGAUGGCUCUGAAUCCAUAUAAAACUACUAUAGAUAUACUGACUAGAACAAUAGCUCCACAUACUGUCAAUAGGAAGUGCAAGAAAUCAACAAUCCUGCCUCUACUCCUGGUUGGUUCUGAAGGCUCUGGCAAAAAUCUUGUUUGCAAAACUGUGGCUGCUAAACUAAACUUGCACUUUUAUACAGUGAACUGUUACGAUCUGUGUGGGGAUACUCCAGCCUCCACUGAGGCUCGUAUUAAGGGCAUGUUUGCGCAAGUGGGCAUGUUCUCACCCUGUGUUGUAGUGCUCAGAAACAUACAUGCCCUCGGGAAAGACAGGGAUGGUGUUGGUGAAGAUUCCAGAGUCGCAAGCUACUUUCAUGAGAUCAUGAAAACUCCAAUAUCCUCUGUAUCCAUGGCAACUCCCCAGAAUUAUCCUGUGGUUGUCAUAGCAACAACAUCCAAGCCUAAAUUGUUGACCGCUGACAUGCAGGAGGGAUUCCUACACGAGGUCACCAUAGCAACACCGAGUGAACGUGAUAGGCAGGAAAUCAUGGGUGUGCUAAUAGAUGGUGAACCUUGUGCAUCCGAUGUCUCCAAGCAUCACAUUGCACAGCGUACAGCCGGUAUGGUAUUAGGGGACCUGUUGGCACUCAUCUCACACACAAAGCGUGCAGUCUACAACAGAUUAAAAAAUACAUGUGGAGUGUCGGGUGUCCUGUCACUAGAGGAAGAAAAAUCCCUGGUAGAAGCAGGAAUAUUAGUCCUGCAGGAGGACUUUAACACAGCCCUUGAUCAACUACAAGCAGCUCAUUCUGAUGCAAUUGGUGCACCCAAGAUUCCCAAUGUCACAUGGGAAGAUGUAGGGGGUCUGGCUGAUGUAAAACAAGAGAUCUUAGACACGAUACAAUUACCACUGAACCAUCCAGAGCUUUUAGCAGCUGGAUUGCGUAGAUCAGGUGUGUUGCUGUAUGGACCCCCUGGCUCUGGGAAGACCCUCCUGGCAAAGGCAGUAGCCACUGAAUGCUCACUCAACUUCCUUAGUGUAAAGGGUCCAGAGUUAAUCAACAUGUAUGUUGGCCAGAGUGAAGAAAAUGUCCGUGAAGUGUUCAAUCGUGCCCGUAGUGCAACACCAUGUGUAAUUUUCUUCGAUGAAUUAGAUUCA